CAUCCACCAUCCACGAUCCCUCUGCAAGCAUAGUCGCGAUGCAGCUUCGAUCUGGUCUCUGACCCCCCUGUCCCCUUCGUGUGCAAUGCAGCCAUCGCCGUGCUUGUCGCAUGAUUAGCCCCCCUCCGAGCUUUCUAGAGCGGUUAUUUUCCGCCGCAUCCAAAAAAAAUAAUCGCCAGAGAAAAGGAACGCAAAGAAAGAGCACGCUGCCAUCUCGCUUUUUCAUCCCCCACCAUUGACUCUCUCCGCGGCAUUAUUUACAUGUCUUGACAUAUCUUACUGCCGCUGUGUCUGUCUUCUUGGAUGACACCAUCGUUGUCCCCUUCUCUGCGCGUUGAAUAUCUUGAAUAUAUCCCGCAUUCUCAUUCUACCUUGCGAUAUCCCCAUCUCAUCAUCCAUAACCCGCGUGCUCGUGUCGAAUUCUGCCAACCUUCCUCAUGUUGCUCACACUGAAACCUCCUAUACAGAACGGACUCAAGGGCCCUCAUGAAUACUCCAUCAUUCGACAGUCGAUCCCGACUCCUCGUACCUCCUCGUCAACUGCCGUAGGCAGCUCUCCUCCCAACACACCCCCUUCGCAGCCGUCCCCCGCCAAAGUGAUGGAUCACAGCUCGCGACGAGGGCUACCUCCUCCGGCGGCCAUGAAUCUUCCUUCCGAGGUGCAAUCAAUAACGACCGCCCCAAUCGCACAGCUCCCUCCUCCUCCAGCGCAAUGGCAAAGCGAAGACUUGCGGCAAUGGCUGCAGACAAAGGCAGAAGAAGACCGAAGGCGGCAGGAAGAAGAGCGUACCCGUCAGGAGAGCUUGAGGCUAGAACAACGACGGAUCGAACAAAGUAUCCUACGAGACGCUUUCCAAGCUGGCGUCCCCCCGCACAUGGUACCGUUGAUUUUUAGUGGAAUGGGCGGGGGGAACUCGACGCGAUCGUCCUGGGAAAUGGCCCAGCAGCUAGAGUGGUCAACACCAUCCCCGCAUCGGCGCACAUCUUCUCAACAGCGCCAGCAAUCCCUUCCUCCGCUUGCCCCUCCUCCUUUGCCGGCUCCAGCUUCGGAAUCAGCACAAUCACUAUCAUCAGACGUCCGUCGAGACAGCCGCGCUAUUCCACCGAAUCCGUACGCCACCCACGCCAUUCCUCCGCCAGCACCAGUAUCAUCUCAGCCAGUGCCUCGAUCUCCUAGUCAACCACAACAUUAUAGCAUCACUUCUCAGUCCGCUAUUGCCCGUCAAAGUGAGUCACGUCUGUCGUCCGUGUCGCGUUUCAACACUGGUGAGAUUCGCGACAUGCCCAUUUUGCACCCAACAGCAAACAUAGGCACUGCUCAGUAUCAGCCCAGUGUACCAACCCCUUCCUCUUCGGCAUCAGCUAAAUCCGAAACUGCACAAUCAUCGAUUUACUUCCAUCACUGGGUUCCACCAGCCCAGUCUCAGUCAAUCACUUCAUCAGCGAAGGGUCAGCAAGAGACCAGCUCCCGCACACACCAUCGGUCAGAACUACACAGCCCCCCUGGACGAAAACGCAAAGCGCAUGGCCCACACCAAGCUCCCCCACCACCCUCAUCACAUCCAGGGCCGUCAUCUCCAACUACGUCGCAUGUAUCGGUGCGCCAUAACACUCCAGGUCGCCGACAACACAGCCAGGGCCACUCUCGGGAACAAAGUGACGUUAGCUAUGAGUCUCAGUAUCGGGAUUACUCUGAAUACGAGCAAGAACGACGUCGGUCAGAUCAGGGGUCUGAUAGGGACCAGCCUCAAAAACACUCUCAAAGACCAUAUCACGAGUCCAGCACGGGCCCUGCCAUCUUAAAUCCGGAGAGGGAAGAUGAUAAAUCGCGGCCGAGGAGUGUUUCGACAAGUCCUUAUGAUUCUCGCGUUGCGCCGCACGCUGGAGGGUACCGUUCGUACCGCCCACCUAACGAAGGGGGCCAUCAACAAUAAACUAUAGAUCCUCGUCACUUUAUCCUUUACUUCGUUCAUGUACUUAACCUGUAUCUUUACUUUCUUCCUCCGCCAUAUAGAUAUCACCUGAGCUAUGAUGUCAAAGCAGCCUGGGAUUGACCUUUGCUGGAUUUUACUUGUUUUGUUUUGGACCUACGGAAGACACGCUACUUGGAGAAAGGAUCGGCUGGAUCCGAGACUAUCCAUGGAGGUGUUCUCAAAUUUUUUUUUUUCGUACUUGGAUCGCUACUCUUGGCCGUGCAAGAGUAGAGUAAAUCAAAAAGCGGGAUUGAAACCGUGUACCAGGAAUGGAAUACAAAUGCAAAAUCAUCUUACAAGACGAACAGUUACUCCUGGUUCGAAAGAAAGUACUUUAGUAUGCUAUAAAAUAUAUGAU